AUGCUAACCUGUUACCCCUACGCCGAAGAGGCGGAGCAGGGACAGGAGCAAGGGCGAGAGCGAGAGAAUGAGCAGCUCACUGCGGGAGAGACGCCAGUGGUAGCAUCUAAGAGUGGCGACGUGGGAUUGGCUGCCGUCGUAAGCCUUGCUGCAGAGAGUGAUGCUGCAGAGGGUCGGAAGAAGGCAGCGGGUGAGGGGUCUAAGAGCCCUGACCGAGGGGCGAAGGGUGUCGAAGAGGAGGGAGUUAAGGACGGCGAGGGCUCUAAGGAAGGUGACGGCGGGACGGCGAGUAGCACACCCCGAGAAGACUCGUCGGAGCAAUCGAAGAGGUCUCUCGGCAAGACCAAGAGCUCGAAGAAGGGCAGUGGGAAGGAGAAGAAAGCGGGGAAGGAGGACGCGAAGAGCAAGGAGAAAGACAAGGACUCGAGCAAGGGCAAGCAGGAAAAAGCAUCAAAGGGUUCGGGCAAAGAGAAAGAGAGCAAGGAGAGCAAAGGUAAGAAGGAGAAGGAGGGCAAGGGGGGCAGCAGCAGCAAAGGAGCCGAGGCGGAGAACGUUGGGAGUAACAGCAGCAGCGCUCCCGUUGCGACAACCAGUAGCAGUUCAGCGGGCGGGGCGGAGGAAGGAGCGCGCGGCGGGAAGGACGCUGGUACAGACCAGGCUCCAGGCGAUUCCGCUUCCGCCUCCGCCUCCGCCUCCGCAGUUCCCGCCGUCGACGAACCCCCUGCGACCGCGGAGGAGAAAGCUACCGGAGCUGCGGGGAGAGCGCCCGGUGCCACGUCAUCACCAAUCUCCCACGCCGGGCUCCACGUGGACACUGCCAUCGCGUCUGUCGUGGAGGAUUUUUUCAGUGACGACCCGUUCAGCUCCACCGGCGGCGGCGCCAGCGCCGUCUUCGGCGGAAGCGCUGACGUGGAGACUCCGCGAGGGGAAGCUGGGGUGGAUGGGGGGGAAACGACCGCGGAGAGCGGGGAGAAGGGCGCGCCCCAGCAGAAGGCGGGGCUGGCGGAGAAGAUCCGCGCAGGGGGGCGGGGGAUGCUGCGGUCGGUGUCUGCGGUCGCUGCGUCCCCGCGCGGGGGGAAGGGCGCAGCUGCGGGGACGCGGAGCGCGGACCUUCCGGAGGUGAGUCCGCGGGACCGCGGGUGGGGCUUGGGGUUCGCGCGCGCAAAGUCUUUCUCUACGGGUGAGGGGAAGAAGGGGAAGGGGAAGGAGGGGAAGAGCAAAAGCGCGGAGCCGGGGGGAAAUGCGGAGGCGGAAUCGGAUGCUUCCGAUGCGCGGACAGCGAUGAACGCGCUGAAACGUGUGGAAGAAGGGGAAGAAGCGGAGAGCGCGGAAGUUGGCGAAGAGAAGGCGGAGGAAGAGGGGAAGAAAGGGGAGGAGGGGAUGGAGGGAACGGCGGCAGUGGAAGGCGAAAAGACAGCGGGGAAGGAUGAGGCUGGGGCAGAAAAGAAAGUGAAAAAGAAGGGGAAGAAGAGCAAGGGUAGUGCCAGGGCUGCUUAUUAUGGGAGUGAUGAUGAGAAGGAGGAAGAAGAGGAUGAGGGGGAGGAGGAGGAGGAGGAGGGUGAGGUUGAAGGCAAGGAUGAGGAGGUGGGAGGAAAGGGAGCAGCCGAGGAGGAUAGUUCGGAGGAGGAAAAGAAAGCUGCAGAGGAUGAAGAGGACUCGGAGGAUGAGGAGGAGGAGGCGGAGGAGAAGGAGGAGGGGGAGGGGCCAGAGGGGAGGAGCAGUGGUGGAGGAGCGAAGGAAGAGGCAGAGGAGGAAGACGAGGGAAAGGAGGAAGGCAAGGAUGAAGCUGAAGAGGAGGAACAGGAAGAGGAAGAAGAGGAGGAGGAGGAGGACGACGACGAAGACGAAGAGGAGGAAGAGGCUGCGUUUGAGUUGAUGCCGAGCGGGCAGAGAGCAGCAGCAGCCGCCGCGGCAGCAGCAGGGGCAGCCGGGGCGGUGCGGAGAGGCGCGAAAGGCGGAGGGCGGAUGAUGAUGGGCGAAUCAGAAGCCGCCUCCGCCGCCGUCCUAGGCACGGAAACCGGGCAGCAUAUGGAAUCGCUCCGCAAGUCAGCGGCCGCCAUAGUUGAAGUAGAGGGGGGAGGAGACGAGGUAGAAGCGGCGCUGCUUGCGGUCACCCCCUCCACGCGGGAAGAGCUCGCCGCCAUGAGCCGCCUCGCGCCCGCGCUCGCCGCGGAAGCCGCCAAGCUGAUGCGCAUGGGCGAGGCGAUCUCCGCGACGAUGCAGGCGCGCGGGCGCGCGCGCGAGCCGCUGCAAGACGCGGACGUGCUGGCGAGCCGCGAGCUCGCGGUGGCGGCGGCGGCGUUUGUGGAGCGCGCGAGCCGCGCGGGAUCGGGGGACGGCGCGGGGCUGGGGGGAUACGCGGUCGUGGAUACGGUAGUCAUGGGCGUGGUGGCGGGGCUGGCGGAACAAGCCGCGGCGUACGCGCUGGCGGUGCUGAUGGCGCACGCGGGCGCGCGCAAGGUGCAGGAAGGCGCGGACGUGGUAAUCAUGGCGGAGAGCACGGUAGAUCUCGCUACCGCCGUCGUGCGCAUCUUCGAAGCCAUGGCGCCCGGGGCAGGCGGCGGAGCCCGCGACGGGUCCGCGGGCGGGGGCGGAACGGGCGCGGGGGGUGGCGGCGGCGGCGGCGGAGGAGGAGGGGCCGCGGGAAGGGGGUUCGGGCCUGUGCCUUGCGCGAAGCUGGCGGAGCUAGCCAUGGGGCAUUCGCGCGCGCUGCACGCGAAUAUGCUGAAGCAGGCGUAUCUGAAAGCGGCGGCGCUGGGCAAGCAGCUAGACACAGACGUUCUAGAGUUCGGCCCCCGCACCAUCCACUUCUUCUCCUCGCACUUCCGCCUCGCGAAAGACGCGACCGACAUGGCGGCGGCCGCCACGGCCUCGCUCGCCGCGCAGGCAAACGCCGCCGCCGGCGACGGCGCUGCUGCUGCUGCUGGUCCGGGCGCGGCUGGUGCUGGUGCGGGCGCGGGCGCUGCUGCGCCGUCUGGCGGCGUUACAGCGGCUGACGUGGCGGAGAUUGAGGAGAUUAAGCGGCGGUCGCAGGCGCACGCGGAUCGCGUGUGCGAGACCGCGGGGGAGGUGGACAACGGGAUUCUGUUAGAAGGCGCGGAGCUCGCGACGAUAGUCGCGGCGCUCUCGCGGCGCCAGCAGGAGGAGCAGGUGGGCGGGAAGAAGGGCCCCGUCGCGAGCGCGGUGGGGGAGGGCGCGGCGCGGCUCAUCCGCAACGCGGCGGUGAUGCUCGCGUCGCUGGCGGACCGCCUGCAGCGCGGCGGCGGGGGGGUUAACCGCGGGAUCGUGGCGGAAGCGGCGUGCGUGCGCGCGCUGGCGUGCGCGUAUACGAAGCUGCUGAUUCUCGUCGUGCGGAGCAGCGCGGCGGUGGGGCAGCGGGGUGGAGGGGGUGGUGCGGAAAACGGCGCGGAAGGCGGGGCAGGGGGGGCUCCGCCGCCCCUGAGCUGGCGCAGCUUCCCCGGGCUGAUCAUGGACCCGUCCGCCGUUUCCGCGUAUGCCAAGCUGAGCGGAAUUGCCGCCGCGUUUUCCGCCAAGGUCGCAGCUGCAGGCGCGGCGGGGGGCCUGGACGGUCUAGGCGGAGGCAACAGCAGCAGCGGCGGCGGAAUGGGAGGCGCGGCGGGAGGCGGAAAGGCAGGAGCUGGGAAGGUAACGGAAGGGCUGGUGUGCGACGCGGCUGUGCUGGUCAUGACGGCGUGUAGCAACGCGAAACUAUCUCUCUCCGCGGAUGGCGGCGCUGCUGGCGGGGCCGGCAUGGGCAUGGGAGGCGGAGGCGGAGGCGGAGCGGGGGCGGCGGGGUCGUUCCCCGUGGAAGUACUAGACGAAGGGGCGGAACUCGCGAGUAAAGCCAAGGCGUACGUUGCUAGUCUGCAGCAGCGGCUCAGAGCAGCAGCAGCAGGGGGAGGCGGGGGGAGCGGGGAGAACAGGGAGGGGGUGUGGGACGCGAAGUUGGUAACGGAAUGCCUGCGCGUGUCUGUCUUAGCGGGCGCGCACGCGCGGCAGGUGGUGGAGCGCGCGCGCCAGAUCAUGUCCGCGGGCGCGGGCCCCGCGGCCGUCGCCGCGUCCGCCGCGUCGCUCCGCGCGUCGCAGCUGGCGGAGCGCGCGGCGCAGCACGGGCGCAUGGUGCUGCACAAGUGGACGGAGGACUGUGCAGUAGACACCAAAGCGGACGAAAGCGCGCGCGCGCUCGCUUCACUAGCGGACGCGCACCUCUCCGCCCUCCAAUCCUCCGCGGGAGAACAGCCCGAAGUCCCGUUCUUCCUAGCCGUCCGCUCCGUCGCCGUCGCGGAAGAGGUAUCCGCGCUAGUGCAAUCCCUCGCGCAGUGGCGCGUGAACGGCGCUAGCAUAGGCCUCUCUCUCGUCAACGGCGUCGUGCGCGUAGUGGGCUCUAUCGCGCAGCACGUGAUCGACUUACAAUCCGCGAACGCCACCGUGCGCUCGCUCGUCGGGUGGGACGCGGCGGUAGUCGCGGAGGAAGCGGGGAAGCUGGCGUGGCAGCUCGCGACACAGGCGGCCGCGGGAGAUCCGGUGUCGGAGACGUUAUUAGUCGACGCCGCGGGGUUGUUAUACCGCGCGGUGACGUACGCGCGAUCCGUGCAGUCUAUGGCGCAGCAGGGGAACUAUUCGGAUCCUUGCUUGGUGCUAGAGGCGGUAGAAUGCGCGGAUCAGGCGCAGCGCAGCGCGGAGUCCGUCGCGCGCGCGUACGAGCGCAACGUGGCGGUUAAUACGGACUUAACCGCGUCCGCGUCGCGGCUGUCCUCCGCGCUCGCGACGCACGCGUCGCGCCUGCGCCACGACGCGGCGUCUGUGGGCCCCUUCGCGGUGGUCGCGGCAGGCGCCGUCGCGGGGGACGUCGCGGCGCUCGAGAUGAACCUGCGCGCGCGCCUCGCGGAGCGCGGGAAGGCGGACAAGGCGCUCGCGGUGGCCGCGGCGCGCGUCGCGUCGCGCGUCGGGUCGCACGUGCAGGUGCUGGGCGCGGGCGUCCCAGGCGCGGAUCCCGCGCUAGCUGCAGCAGCAGUGGCGCUAGCCAGUCAGGUAGCUAAACAUCUCCAAGUGCUCGCGAGUAAGGCAGCAGCAGAGGGGAUAGUAGACGAAGAGGUGGAAAAUGCAGCGUCGCAUCUGAAUACCCUAGCGGGGGGGCAUAGAGCGGCGUUGCAGGCUGAGAGCUGGUUCGCAGGGCAGGUGGAGGACGGGAGGGAGGAGGAGGAGGGGGAUGGGGAGGGGGAGGAUGGGAGGGAUGGAGUGGAGGCUGCGGCAGGCGGGGCUGUUGCUGCUCUGAUCGCUGUUAUUACAAAAGGCCACACACCUGAUGAUGGUAAAAACGGCGAUACCACCGCCAACAACAACACCUCCUCCGCCGCCACCGCUGCUGCUGUGACUAACGGAGUGCUAGCCAUCACUCGCAUGACCUCGUCCGUGCGAGUAUCCAAGCUCGCAGAAGCAGCAGGGCAGCAUGCGCAGGAGCUGUGGGACCGGUGCACCAGCAGCACGGCGGUCGACAGCGACGUACUCGCAGGCGGAGCGAGCCUCCUUGUCCUCGCCGCCGGCCACGCGCACGCACUGCAGGUCCAGGCCACGCGCUGCGGCUGGGCCGACCCUGCUUCGGUCGCCGAGGCUCGGGAACUCGGUGAAAUGCUCGUGGCGCACGUGCGCGCGCUCGCUGCUCGAAAAACCGAGGGGAUCGGCGUGGACGCGGCUGUGUUGGCAGAAGCGGUGAGAGUCACCGCGGGGGCGGUGGGGCAUGCGCGGAGGUUGCAGUUCCAGGAGGCUUCUGUCGGGUUUGGAUCUGUAGGGGACGCGGUGGGCCUGGCGAAGCAGAUCGCGGGCCAUCUGCAGAUGCUGGCGGGGAAGGCCGCGGUGGGCGCGACGGCGGAUGCUACUUUGGUGGGGAAUGUGGAGAUGUAUGCUGGGCUGGUGGAGGGGCACGUGCGGGGGCUGCUCACUCGUUGCCGAAAGACCUGGGGCGUGGGACCGGCGGCUCUGGCAGCAGCAGGCGGAGCAGCAGUGGGAGGGGGAACAGGCGGGGGAACGGGAGGAGGAACAGGAGGGGGAGUGGCUGGUGCGAUGGACGAUUCCGGUCUCGCGCUGAUGUCGGUGCAAGUGGCGGUGCACGCUGCCUUCUACGGCAGUCUCCUGCAGUUCCAAGCAGCCGCCAAGGCCAAGGUCACCCGCGAGGUGCUCGCGGUCGCGCAGGCGUUACUGGAGGCGGUAACCGCGUUACGGCAGGGGCUGGUCCCGCGCGUGGAGGCGGGGAGCGUGUUUGACGACGACUGCGUGACGCGAGCCGAGGAGCUCGAAGCACAGGCCAAGAUGCACGCGCCAGCCGCUGCUGCCGGAGCAGGAGGAGGAGGCCGCAGCGCUGCUGGCGCCGGCGGCGGCCGCGGCGCCGGCGGGGGAGUGGGAGGAGCUCUGCUCGCUCUCGGCCGAGAAGCUACCGUGAAAGUCGCGGCGGACGGGGCUCGCCUCGGGGCGAAAGCGGCGUCUCUGGCGCUGCGGCUGGUCACCAGAACGAUCGCCUCUGCGGCGUUCCCUGCGGACGCCGGGGUGGAGGCGCAGAGGGUGGCUGAGCUCGCGCUAAGUCAGGCCGAUCUGCUCAAGUCUGUGGCGCGCAACAACGCGCACAUCGACGCGUCGACAGCUGUCGCGGCCUUCCGCGUGGCGGUCCAGGCGUUUCGGCUGGGGAAGAGGAUGCGGGAGCACGGAGGGGAGGAGCGGACGGUGGUGUUGAAAGCCGAGAUGGUGGCGGAAGGGCUGCAAGUCGCAGAAGAGGUGGUGAAACUCGCCGGAGAUUUGUCAAUCCUAGCUAUUGAUCAGCCGGAGCUCGCGUCCUCGCACGUUGUCACGUACGCGAAUGUGACGGCCCGAGUGGCAGGCCAUGCUCGGAUAGUCGAUGGGCAGAGGUCCGCCGCUGCUACUGCGGCUGCAGCGGCGGCGUCGGCAGCAGCGGUGCAGAACCCGCAAGCAGGGGUGCCUGGCAUGGGGAUUCUGUCGCCUGUGGGGCCACCGAGCGUGUCUGGAAUCCCCCCUGCUUCGCCCAGAGGAGGCAGAAUAUUCGGAGAACGGGGCAGUCUCAGCAGUGUAUCUGCUGCUGCUGCAGCAGCCGCAGCUGGUGCCGGUGCAGCAGCAGGCUCGGCAGCCACGGCAGCAGCUGCAUCCGCAGCAGCAUCAGCCGGGGUGCAUGCCGAGCUUUCCUGCUCCGUAGCCCGUCUCUUGGUAGACGCGUCAGUGGAGCUGGCAGCGGCUGUAGCAGGGAAGGAGGCGAAGAAAACCGUGGACGCGCCGGCUGUAGCGCGAUCAGCGCAACUAGCAGCACGAGCAGCAGACCACGUGCUGGCUCUGGUCAGCUGGGCAGCUCCCGCCGGCGAGGUUCCCGCAGAUCUCAUCGCGCGUGCAUCAGUCCUGCUAGAGGUUUCCUCCGCGCACACGCAGUCUCUUGCAGAGAAAGCAGUGGCGGGGACGAGGGUGGACGCUGGGUGCGUGACGACAGGAGCGCUGCUCACAGCCGACGCUGCUGCUCAUGUAGACGCGCUGCGAUCGGCGCCGCGAGUGCUCCCAGCAGAGGUGUUUUCAGACGCGGAUGCGCUAGCAGAGUCCGCCAACAUGCAUGUGGAUAUCCUCGCGUCUAAGGCCGCGUCUGGCAUGGGCAGUAUCGACACGUUAACUGUCUCUGCCUCCGCCGCUCUUGUCGCGUCCGCCGCUGUCCACACCUCCCGACUCCAAUCCCUCGCCGUAACAGCCGUCGCUGCCUCCACUGCUACACCAAUCCCCGCCGCGUUGCUUGAAUCUGCCGAGAAUCUUGUAGAAGAUGUGGGGGUGCAUGUAGAGUCGCUUAUGUCUCUGGCAGCAGCGCCGGGCACAGCAGCAGCAGCCGGCGGUGGUGCUGGUGGUGGGGGGGAUGGAGAGGAGGGAGGAGCAGCAGGAUCGCCAAUGGCGGAUGCAGAAACAGCAGCAGAGGCGUCGAGUCUGGCGUGUGUGGUGAUGGGGCAUGCAAGGCAGCUGUAUCUUGCGCUUCCGCAGUUAGGUUUACCUGCUGUGUGUGCGGGUGUCUCUCUAGUGAGAGACGCUGCGGCGCAUGCGGAGGUGAUUGCGAGGAAGGUGGCGGAUGGGGAAGCGGUGACGGCUGCUGCGGUGCGAUCAGCGGAAAGGCUUCAGGCGGGGAUGAAGCAGCAUUUGAAGGCGCUAGCGCUUGCCACGGCAGCAUCAGGCGCAGGCAUGUUCAAGACCAUGACAGGUGGCGGCUCGCAAUUGGCCAAGAAGAUCUCCACUCAUGUGGACGCCCUGCGAGGGAGAGCCUCGGCCGGCGGACGCAUCGACUCAGGGCUGACAGCUGUCGCGCUGCGAUUGGCCGUGGAUGCGGUGGCGCAUGCUGCGAGCCUGGAGGCUACAGUGUUCCAGGCCGCCAAGCGACAGACUCAUUGCGCGCCGUUGACGGGAGCCAUCAUCGCGCCGCAGCUUUCCGCCUUCCUCUCCGCGCCCUCCGCUUCAGCCACCUCCUCCUCCGCGGCUCUGCUUACACCCGCCGUCGCCUGCCGCCCUCCAAUCAGCGAAGACCACGCGACCGUCAGUAACUGGGGGCUCUGCAGCGUAAACGACAGUGCCGGCGCGUUUCCAGUUAAGGUGCCACGUCAGCCCGUAGACUGGCGCGGGUUCUCCGCUUCCGCUUCAGCAGCGGCGUCGCCACUCACCGGCAGUCCCGCUGGAGCUCCCAGCGCUGCUCCCGCGGCUAGCGAAGGGGACGUGCCCCGCGUGAAGCUGCUCAUAGGAGGCAAGCUUGUGGACUCUACGUCUGACCAGCAUGUUCCCGUCAUCAACCCGGCGACACAGGAGGUGCUGGCGCAUCUGCCCCUGGCGACGCGCGGGGAGUUCAGUGCAGCAGUGCGCGCAGCCGCGGACGCCUUCCCUGCAUGGCGCGCCACCCCGCUGCCUGUGCGCGCGCGCGUCAUGCUCAAGCUGCAGGAGCUCAUCCGCCGCGACAUGGACAAGUUGGUUCUGAGUGUGACCACGGAGCAGGGCAAGACACUAGCAGACGCACGGGGGGACGUCUUCCGUGGCCUUGAGGUGGUGGAGCAAGCGUGUGCGAUGGGAACGAUGCAGAUGGGCGAGUUAUUGGAGAACGUGAGUGCUGGCGUGGACACCUACAGCAUCAGGCAGCCUCUCGGCGUGUGUGCCGGCAUCUGCCCGUUCAACUUCCCCGCCAUGAUUCCCCUCUGGAUGUUCCCGUUUGCAGUGACAGCGGGCAACACAUUCAUCCUGAAGCCAUCGGAGAAGGACCCGGGUGCUGCCAUGAUGCUCGCUGAACUCGCCCUGGAGGCUGGCCUGCCCGCUGGCGUGCUUAAUGUCGUGCAUGGCACGCAUGACGUUGUGAAUUGGAUGUGUGACGAGCCUGAGAUUCGGGCAAUCUCAUUCGUUGGAUCAGACAAGGCAGGGCGACACAUCUAUGCACGAGCAGCAUCACAUGGCAAGAGAGUGCAGUGCAACAUGGGGGCGAAGAACCACGCAGUGGUGCUGCCAGAUGCGGACCCGCAGGCAGCAGUGAAUGCGCUGGUGGGGGCGGCCUUUGGGGCAGCGGGGCAGCGCUGCAUGGCCAUCAGCACUGCCGUGUUUGUUGGGGGCUCGCAGCAGUGGGAGCCGCUGUUGGUGGAGGCAGCAACGCGGCUGCGAGUGGCAGUGGGCACGGACCCAGCAGCGGACCUGGGCCCGGUGAUCUCGAAAGACGCCAAGGCGCGUAUUCACUCCCUCGUGGACAGCGGCGUUGCUGAUGGCGCCCGCUUGCUGCUGGAUGGCCGCAACGUUCAGGUGCCAGGAUACGAGAGCGGCAACUUUGUGGGUCCCACCAUCCUAGCGGACGUGAGGGAGGGCAUGGAGUGCUACAGGGAGGAGAUAUUCGGCCCCGUGCUGCUGCUCAUGUCUGCUGACUCACUUGAUGAUGCCAUUGCGCUUGUUAAUCGUAAUCCCUAUGGCAACGGCACUGCUAUCUUCACGUCCUCAGGAGCAGCUGCCAGGAAGUUCCAGAACGAGAUCGAUGUUGGGCAGGUGGGCAUCAACCUGCCCAUCCCAGUGCCGCUGCCCUUCUUCUCCUUCACCGGCUCCCGGGCCAGCUUCGCGGGAGACCUCAAUUUCUAUGGCAAGGCAGGUGUACAGUUUUACACGUAUACCAAGACUGUUACUGCGGCAUGGAAACAGCCAAGCGGGUCCGAGUCUAAAGUGGCCAUGGCUUUCCCGACAUCUCAGAAGGUUUAG